AUGUUUGGGUCACAGAGGACUUCAUCAGGCGCAUUCGGAAAUCAAGCCAAUCCAUUUGCGGCGAACUCUAAGUCGGCGAACUCGGGAUUUGGCUCUGGUAGUUUGCCAAACACUGGUCAAGCAUUUGGGAGUGCUGGAUUUGGAGGCUCCGGAUUUGGAAGUUCAGGGUUUGGAAGUUCGGGGUUUGGAAGCUCAGGGUUUGGUAAACCAGCAUCUACAACUACAGGCAAUAGCACCGGAUUUGGAAAUUCGGGAUUUGGCAGCUCAGCAUUUGGCGCAAACAACAACAACAAUAUCGGUAAUACUACCCUGGCAUUUGGCGCACAAGAUAAAAGUUUAUCACAUGCUAGUCCAUUUGGAGCGUUGCUGAACUCUAAUACUGGAUCUGCAUUUGGAAAUCAAACAACAAGUCAACCAACAUCAGCUUUCGGUAAUCAGACAAGUCAAUCAGCAUUUGGUUCUAGUCUGAAUCAAGGUACAACAAGUGGAGCAUUUGGAGCAGCCAAGGUUGCAUCAAAUCCGUUUGGUAAUGCUGUUUCCAGUAAGGCAAAUAGUUCAGGAUUUGGUAAUCCAUCAGCGUCGUCUGCUUUUGGGCUGGGAAAUAAACCUACUUCUUCUGCGUCUGGCAGUAGCGGGUUUGGCAGUAGCGGAUUUGGCAGUAGCGGGUUUGGCAGUAGCGGGUUUGGCAGUAGCGGGUUUGGCAGUAGUGGAUUUGGGGCUAGCAACUCAGGUAACAGUGGGUUUGGCAAUGUCAACUCGAGUCAAUCACUGGCAUUUGGGUCUUCAAACACAUUAGCUAAGGAUUCUGUAUUUGGCUCAACGGGGGCCAAUACUGCCCCUACUUCAGCUUUUGGAAAUAAUUCAUCGACGAGUACGACGGCAUCACCAUUUGGUGCUAUUGCAUCAAACCCAUUUGGGCAACAACAACAAUCAUCAACUACUUCUCCAUUUGGCGCCGCUCCAUCAUUGACACCAGCCUCCACAGCCACUAAUGCAUUCGGAACGCAAAACACAACACUGUCACUGUCCCCCUUUGGACAGGCUAAACCGCAGCUGACCCUGUCACCAUUUUCAACCCAGACCAACCUGAACCCAUUUGGCUCAAGUCAGGCACCAAAUCAAGCCGGAAACCACCAAGUUUCCCUGUUGCCAUUUGGCUCUACAAGUAAUACAAAUGCAAAGCCGCUGUUUGGAACGGUUAAGCAAGGCGAUAUGUCUAAUCUGCUUGCUAAUUUGAGUUUAGCUGUACAGGAAGCCUUUAGAGCACCAGAAUUUGAGUUGGGCCAUAUUCCAGAUAUUCCUCCGCCACAAGAGCUAUGUAUUUAG